AUGUCUUGUAAAAUAGAACUAACUCCGAUUUCUGAAGGCAAUCGUAUAACCAUCAAAAUAAAUGAAAAACUAAUUAUUGGGCGAGGCUCAUCGUUAGGUUGUAACGAUAAAAAGAUUUCUCGCCACCAUGCUGAAUUAUUACUGAAAGACGAUGAAACACUUUGGAUUAAACCGGUUCAUACGAAUCCGGUAUUUUAUCGAGCUUUGAAUGGUAAAACAGUUCAUUUAACAAAAGAUAUCGAACAAGAAUUAAAAGAUGGCGAUCAAAUUGGUUUAUUGCCAACAAGUUUUUUCUUUCGCAUCAACUUUUCUAAUGAUGUGAAUAAUAAUAACGAUGAAUUGUCUUCAUCAUCUGGUCAACAGUCAACAAAUACUUUGCAUGGAGUAAAAAGUUCAGAUGUUGAACCGAAACCUUCUAUUCAAGAUAGUGAUUCUUCGUGUCUCAAAUCCAUAAAAGAUCAAGAUGAGUCUGAACUACUGGAUUCGAAUAAAAAACCACGUAAACUACCGGCAUGGAUAUCAGCAUCAACUUCAUCUUCUCCAGUGACAAAAACGACAAUUAGACCGAGUUCUACACAUCAACAUGAUUCAUCAUCUGGUGAUCGUCCUAUUGUAAAACGCCAAUUGAGUUCUGAAGAAGAUAAAAAAACUAGUAUCGAUGGUACACCAAAUAUAUCUGAACCAGAUAAAUCGUCCUCAGCAAAAUCUUUUGAUAGUGAUAGUAAAGAUGGAUUCGAUUCAAUCUCUCCGAAGAAAAUCAAAUCAAAUGAUAAGCGUCGCCCUGUUUGUUCUUUUGGUGCAACAUGUUAUCGAAAGAAUCCAACACAUCGUAGUGAACAAUCGCAUCCAGGUGAUUCUGAUUACGACGAUGAAGAAAAAACAAAUAAUAAUAACGAUAAAGAUAAUGACAAUGAUGAUGAUGACAAUGAUAAACCUCUAUGUCAAUAUGGUAAAUCUUGUUAUCGACAAAAUCCUCAACAUAAACGUGACUAUCGACAUUAA